AUGUCGCAAAUUGGAUAUGGUAUUUCGUAUGGAUCUACAUCUCGACAUUUUGACGACGACAUCACACCAUCGGUCAAUUCCUUGGUCUGCCUGGACACCUCGCACAUCCUCUCAGAUGGAAAUUUAAGGUAUAGAUCGUGGAAUUCAAAAGAAAUCGAAGAAAAAUUAAAAAUAAAGUUUGGAGAGCGCACCGCAAGAUCAAAGUACGGUCCCAGCCUAACUUCGUGUCCAUGCCAGCGCCUGGGUAAUUUCAACGAAAGGUAUCACGCCGAAAGUUCUGGCAAAUAG